AUGUUUGAGGAGCAGGCGACCAAGGUCAAGAUCACGUCUGUGGUGAUCGUGGUGGGCAUGGCGGCGAUGCUGGCGGCGGUGGUGACCGACCACUGGGCCGUGCUCAGCCCCCGCGUGGAGAAGCUCAACGCCACCUGCGAGGCAGCCCACUUUGGCCUGUGGAGGCUCUGCAAGAAGAGCAUCUUCAUCGUGGAGGAGGACCCCAUGGGCAAAGGUUGCGGCCCCAUGAGCUUACCUGGAGCAAAGAACUGUUCCUACUUCAAACACUUCACAUCGGGGGAAGAGGCUGAAGUUUUCGAAGUCAAGACCCAGAAAGAGUACAAUAUCUCAGCAGCAGCCAUCGCCAUAUUCAGCCUGUUCUUCAUGACCCUGGGAACUGUCUGUGUCGUCUUCUCGUUUGGGAAGGGCCGUGACUACCUGCUCCGACCCGCCGGGAUGUUCUUUGCCUUCGCAGGCCUUUGCAUCAUCAUUUCCGUGGAGGUGAUGCGCCAGUCUGUCAAACGUAUGAUCGCCAGUGACGAGACCAUCUGGAUUGAAUACUACUACUCCUGGUCCUUCACCUGCGCCUGCGCCUCCUUCACUCUCCUCAUCCUCAGCGGAGCCGCCCUGCUUCUCAUCUCCAUGCCCCACAUGCCUCGUAAUCCCUGGGAGACCUGCAUGGACGCCGAUCCGGACACCCUAGAAUAG